UGCGAAGGAUUUCAUUCCUUCUUUCUCACUCUCUCUAUCUCUCUCUCUAAUUCUAUCUCUGUGUGAUCGCCAUUUGCCAAUCCUUAGCAAAAACCUCUGCUGAAAACCCUAGAAGGCCACGAUCUUUACAAAACCUCCUUCUCUCCUUCAAAUUCCAUCUCUUCUCAAUCACACCACGCCACCGCUCGGUCGGCAACCCGCUCCGAUCGUUCGAGCCCGCGCCUCUUUACUUGUCGCCCAAUCAUCGAUCGGUUCGGGCCGUAGAAUCGGUCGAUUCUCCGCUUCUUUCUUCUGAAUUGGCAAUGGUGUGAAUUGGCUGAUUCCAAUAUGAAGUUGAGGCGAAGGAAGUCAAUUGAAGUGCCUCCAAAGAUUAGAUCUUUCAUCCGUACUGUUACUGGUACUCCUCUAGAGAAUAUAGAAGAACCUUUAAAAGGUUUUACUUGGGAGUUUGACAAGGGUGAUUUUCAUCACUGGGUUGAUCUCUUCAAUCACUUCGAUUCUUUUUUUGAGAAACAUAUCAAACCUAGGAAGGAUUUGCAACUUGAAGACAGUUUUUUGGAACCUGAUUCUCCAUUUCCAAGGGAGGCUGUUCUCCAGGUCCUCCGCGUCAUAAGGAUAAUACUUGAAAACUGCACCAACAAGCACUUCUAUAGCUCUUAUGAGCAUCAUUUGUCAGCGCUGCUUGCCUCCACCGAUGCAGAUGUUGUUGAGGCAUGCUUGCAAACUCUGGCUGCUUUUCUGAAGAAAACGAUUGGGAAAUACAUCUUAAGAGAUGCUCUUCUUAAGUCCAAGUUAUUUGCUCUUGCACAAGGUUGGGGUGGUAAAGAAGAUGGCCUUGGAUUAGUUACAUGUGCUCUACAGAGUUGCUCUGAUUCAAUUGCCAGUGAAUUAGCUUGCACUCUGCAUUUUGAGUUUUAUGCAACAGAUGAAUCUCCCAAUGAAUUGACUUCUGCCAAAUUGCCUGCUCAAGGUUUACAAAUCAUUCAUUUGCCAAACAUUAACACCAGACAGGAAUCGGAUCUUGAGCUUUUGAAUGCUCUAAUUGUAGAGUACAGAGUUCCUCCCAGUUUGAGAUUUUCUCUUUUGACAAGAUUGAGGUAUGCAAGAGCUUUCUGUUCCCCUGCUGCACGAGAACAGUAUACAUGCAUACGCCUAUAUGCCAUUAUAGUUCUUGUUCAAGCAUGUAGUGAUAUAGAUGACUUGAAUUCAUUCUUUAACUCUGAGCCAGAGUUUAUUAAUGAAUUGGUUACACUGUUGAGCUACGAAGAUACAGUUUCUGAAAAAAUUCGAAUUCUGAGUCUUCUUUCCUUAGUUGCUCUCUGUCAAGAUCGAUCUCGCCAACCAUCUGUGUUGACAGCAGUAACAUCAAGUGGGCAUAGAGGUAUUCUUUCCAGCCUCAUGCAAAAAGCUGUAGAUUCUGUUGUUAGCCAUUCCUCAAAAUGGUCUGUUGUUUUUGCGGAGACGUUAUUGUCACUUGUUUCUGUUUUAACAUCAACUUCAUCUGGUUGCUCUGCGAUGAGAGAAGCAGGGUUUAUACCAACUCUUUUACCUCUACUCAAAGACACUGAUCCCCAUCAUUUGCAUUUGGUUAGCAUGGCUGUUAAUGUUCUAGAAGCCUUUAUGGACUUCAGUAAUCCAGCCGCUGUACUUUUCAGAGACUUGGGAGGUCUAGAUGAUACCAUAUCACGUCUUAAACUUGAAGUCUCCCAAGUUGAAGAUGGUUCAAAGCUACAAAGUGCUAAUAGUGACCUUGAGAAUUCUGAACCAAGUGGUUCUCAAGUUGUUACAGGGACUUCUUCCGAGUCAGACAACUCACAUGUACUUUAUUCUGAUGUGUUGAUUGCUUAUCACCGGCGACUUCUGAUGAAAGCUUUAUUGCGUGCAAUAUCCUUGGGAACUUAUGCUCCUCGAACAACUGCUUGUAUAUAUGGUUCAGAAGAGAGCCUGCUGCCACAUUGCUUGUGCAUAAUAUUUAAAAGAGCUAAGGAUUUUGGAGGGGGUGUGUUUUCCCUUGCCGCAACUGUCAUGAGUGAUCUUAUUCACAAAGAUCCAACUUGCUUUCCUGUCUUAGAGGCAGCUGGUCUUCCAACUGCCUUCAUUGAUGCUAUUAUGGAUGGUGUCAUUUGCUCUGGAGAAGCUAUAACUUGCAUACCCCAGUGUUUGGAUGCCUUGUGUUUGAACAACAAUGGUCUUCAAGCUGUUAAAGAUCGCAAUGCUUUGAAGUGUUUUGUGAAAAUAUUUACUUCCAAAGCAUAUAUGCGGGCCCUUACAGGUGAUAUUCCAAGUUCUCUAUCAAGUGGGUUAGAUGAAUUGAUGCGCCACACAUCAUCUCUUCGUGGCUCAGGCGUAGAGAUGGUGAUUGAGAUCUUGACAAACAUUACCAACAUUGGGUUGAAACCUGAAUCUGUCACCUCUUCUAAUGAUGCUCCAAGCUGCUCAAUCCCUGUUCCUAUGGAAACUGAUACUGAGGAUAAGAGUGCAGCUAUGCUGGAUGAUAAAGAUGCACACAAGGAUGGAAGUGCAGAUGUACCUGAACUGUGUAGUAAUUCCUUGUCACUGGAAACAGAGUCUUUCCUUCCUGAAUGUAUAAGCAAUGUAGCCCGUCUCCUUGAGACAAUUCUUCAGAAUUCAGAUACAUGCCGUAUUUUUGUUGAGAGGAAAGGUAUUGAAGCUGUUUUACAGUUAUUUACUUUGCCUUGUAUGCCACUUCCAAAUUCAGUUGGUCAAACAGUGUCAGUUGCUUUUAAGAACUUCUCUCCCCAGCAUUCUGCUUCACUAGCUCGAGCAGUGUGUUCGUUUUUGAGAGAGCAUCUGACAUUGACAAAUGACCUUUUACUUUCCGUUGGAGGGACACAGCUAGCACAGGUUGAGGGUGCAACAAGGACAAAAGUUCUGAGGAGCCUUUCUAGCCUAGAAGGUCUCCUAUCCCUCUCCAGUUUCUUGUUGAAGGGGUCUACUUCAGUUGUAUCUGAAUUGGGUACUGCAGAUGCUGACAUAUUGAAGGAUCUUGGUAAAGCUUACAGGGAAGUGCAGUGGCAAAUUUCUCUCUGUUGUGAUUCUAGGAUGGAUGAGAAGAAGAAUGUGGAAGUAGAUCCUCACAGUGCAGAUGCAUCUCUGUCCAAUGUCAUUGGGAGAGAGAGUGACGAUGAUACCAAUGCUAGCUCUAUAAGGUACAUGAAUCAUGUAUCUAUUAGGAAUAAUUCUCGCUCUCAGUGGGGUGCAGAUCAUGAUUUUCUUCCAGUGGUUCGUUCCAGUGAAUUCUUUAAUCGUCGUAGUCGCCAUGGCUUAGCAUGUAUUCGCGGCAGGGCUAGCAGGCAUUUGGAAUGUUUACAAGCUGAUUCUGAAGUUGCAGCACGUGUUUCAGAGACAUCAGCACAGGAGGUGAAAAAAAAGACUCCUGAUGUUCUUGUUUUGGAGAUUAUUAAGAAGCUUGUUUGCAGCUUGAGAUCUUUUUUCACUGCUCUUGUCAAAGGAUUUACACUGGGCCGUCGGAGAACUGAGCAUGGAUCAUUACAUUCUGCUUCUAAGAGCAUUGGAACUGCCUUGGCGAAACUUUUUCUUGAGGCACUUGGUUUCUCUGGAUAUCCCAACUCUGCUGGGCCUGAUUUAUAUCUAUCAGUCAAAUGUCGAUAUCUUGGGAAGGUUGUGGAUGACAUGGUAUCUCUUACUUUUGAUGCCAGAAGACGUACUUGUUAUGCCACUCUGGUUAACAACUUCUAUGUACAUGGGACCUUUAAGGAGCUGUUAACUACAUUUGAAGCUACAAGUCAGUUGUUGUGGACACUUCCCUGCUCUGUACCAACAUCUAGUGCUGCUGCUGAAAAGGGUGAUGAGGAGAGUAAGUUGUCUCAUGGUUCCUGGCUGUUGGAUACCCUCCAGAGUUAUUGCCGUAUGCUUGAAUAUUUUGUCAAUUCUUCCAUGCUUUUAUCUUCAUCCUCAACAUCCCAGGCGCAGCUGCUUGUUCAGCCAAUUGCAGUUGGUCUCUCGAUUGGAUUAUUUCCUGUUCCAAGAGAUCCGGAAGUGUUUGUUCGUAUGCUGCAGUCUCAGGUUCUUAAUGUCAUACUUCCCAUCUGGAACCACCCCAUGUUUCCCACUUGUGGUGCAGGCUUUGUUACUUCGACUAUCAUGCUAAUGACACACAUAUGCUGUGGUGUUGGUGAUGUGAAACGAAAAUAUGAUGGGUCAUCUGGAACUGCAAACCAACGUUCCACGGUUCCUCCACCUGAUGAAGCUACUAUAGCUACCAUAGUUGAGAUGGGUUUUCCAAGAGCAAGAGCUGAAGAGGCAUUAAGACGAGUGGAAACAAACAGUGUGGAGAUGGCUAUGGAGUGGCUAUUUAGUCGAGGUGAAGAUCCUGUUCAAGAAGAUGAUGAGCUGGCUCGUGCUCUUGCUUUGUCCCUGGGAGGUUCAUCAGAAACAUCUAAAACUGAAAGCACUGAGAAAUCAAUGGACUUUUUAACAGAAGAGGGUGAGACAAAGCCACCUCCUGUUGAUGAUGUCCUUGCUGCAACAAUGAAGCUGUUUCAGAGUUGCAAUACAUUGGUUUUCCCAUUGAUGGAUUUGCUUGCAACUCUUUGCAAUCGGAAUAAAGGAGAAGAUCGUGCCAAAGUGAUAUCAUAUCUGAUUCAGCAGCUAAAACUUUGCCCAUUUGAAUUUUCUAAGGAUACCAGUGCAUUAUGCAUGAUAUCACACACCAUAGCAUUGAUUCUUUCUGAAGAUGUAAAUGCACGGGAAAUUGCUGCACAGAAUGGUGUCGUAUCUGUAGUACUUGAUGUCUUGAUGAAUUUCAAGGCUAAAGUUGAAUUUGGAAAUGAACUGUUAAUUCCUAAAUGCUUAAGUGCUAUGUUGCUUAUCUUAUUUAAUUUGUCACAAACUAGGCCUAAAUUCUCUGGUGAUGGCACAGAAAAAACUCAGGGUGAAUCUCUACCGGGUUCAUCUGAAGGGCACACUUCAUCACUUGUUUUGGAAGCACUUAUGGAAAAGAAAUCAGCUGCAGCAUCCCAGGCAUAUGAAACUGGUGCUGGUCUUGAGAGAAUAUUUGGAAAACCUACAGGAUAUUUGGAAAUUGAAGACAGUUGUCAGGUGCUCAGUCUUGCAUGUGACUUGAUAAAAAAGCAUGCACCACCAAUGGUUAUGCAGGCUGCUUUACAGCUAUGUGCUCGUUUGACAAAAGUCCAUGCUCUUGCUAUGCAAUUCCUUGAAGAUGGAGGGAUUGCUGCUCUUUUUGGUCUUCCAAGAAGGUGCUUCUUCCCUGGGUAUGACACCUUGGUAUCUGCUAUCAUUCGUCAUCUUCUUGAAGAUCCUCAAACUUUACAAAUGGCCAUGGAAAUGGAGAUACGACAAACACUCAAUGGAAAUCGUAAUGCUGGUCGAGUCUCAGUGAAAACAUUCUUGACUUCAAUGGCACCUGUAAUAUGUAGAGAUCCUGAUGUAUUUCUGAAAGCAGCACACACUGUUUGUCAGUUGGAAUCAUUAGGAGGGAGGUCUUUUGUUGUCUUAUCUAAAGAUAAAGAUAAGGACAAGGAGAAAGAAAAGGAAAAAGGAAGAGUAUCUGGUGCAGAGUUUGGAGGUUCUUCUAAUGAGUGUCCUCGUAUUUCUGAAAAUAAGGCCCUUGAUGAAUCAGGGAAGUGUUUUAAGGGCCACAAGAAAGUUCCUGUGAACUUUAGUCAGGUUAUUGAUCAUCUUCUUGAAAUUGUUUCUACAUUUCCUGCAGACAAAGGGGAGGAAAAUUGCUUGGGCAUCAAUACUAUGGAGGUAGAUGAACCUACUAUCAAGGUGAAGGGUAAAUUGAAGGUUGAUGAGACACAGAAGGUUGAAUUGGAUGUUGUGACAGAGAAAUCAGCUAGGCUGGCUAAGGUGACUUUCGUUCUCAAGUUAUUGAGUGAUAUCCUUCUGAUGUAUGCGCAUGCUGUUGGAGUUAUCCUGCGGCGGGAUAUAAAGAUGUGCCAACAUCGAGAAUCUAACUCGUUAGAAAAUCCUCCACAUGGUAUCAUUCACCAUAUUGUACAUCAGCUUCUUCCCCUCUCAGUUGAUAAAUCUGCUGGUCCUGAUGAGUGGAGAGAUAAGCUGUCUGAAAAAGCCUCGUGGUUCCUGGUAGUUCUGUCUGGGCGCUCUAAUGAAGGCCGUAGACGUGUUAUUAAUGAGCUAGUAAAAUCAUUAUCUUCUUUCUUAAACUGGGGGAACAAUUCUUCGAGUAACACUCUAUUACCUGAUAAAAAGGUCCUUGCUUUGGUUGAUCUGGCAUAUUCCAUUUUAUCCAAAAAUUCUUCUUCUAGCAGCUUACCUAGCUCUGGCUGUUCUCCUGAUAUUGCCAAAAGCAUGAUAGAUGGAGGAGUUGUGCAAUGUUUGUCUGGCAUUCUUCAAGCAAUUGAUUUGGACCAUCCUGAUGCUCCCAAAGUAGUGAAUCUGAUACUCAAGGCUUUGGAAAGUCUAACGAGGGCUGCUUAUGCUAGUGAACAACUUUUUAGAUCUGAUGUUCUGCACAAGAAGAAGUCAAGUGGUAUGAGUGAUAGGUCUAUUGAUCACAUGAAUACAACUUCAGCUUCUCAAUCAGCAGAUGAUGCCGGAAAUAGUAGACAGGAUGGAGUUCCUGAUACAGGCUCAGGACAGCAGCAACCAGAAACUCAGAAUAACUGUGAUAGCAAUCCAAACCAGUUGAUGGAACAAGAGAUGAGAACUGAGGAGGAAGAGACUUCUACUGCCAAUCCAACAUUGGACCUUGGGAUGGGUUAUAUGCGUGACGAGAUGGAAGAUGGUGGUAUCUUGAGUAACACACAACAGAUAGGAAUGCCUUUUCAUGAUGAGAACAGGGUCCAUGAUGACAUGGGUGAAGAAGAUGAAGAAAUGGGAGAUGAUGGGGAGGAGGAAGAUGAUGAUGAUGGGGAUGAGGAGGAUGAAGAUAUUGCUGAAGAUGGCACUGGUUUGAUGUCUCUGGCUGAUACUGAUGUGGAAGAUCAUGAUGAUACUGGUUUUGGAGAUGAAUAUAAUGAUGUGGUUGAUGAAGAAGAGGAUGAAUUCCAUGAAAAUCGAGUGAUUGAGAUCAGGUGGAGGGAAGCCUUAGAUGGGCUAGAUCACUUGCAGGUUCUUGGGCAACCGGGAACUGGAGGUGGACUUAUUGAUGUUGCAAAUGAGCCAUUUGAGGGGGUAAAUGUUGAUGAUCUAUUUGGCCUCCGUAGACCUUUUGGCAUUGAGCGGCGUCGACAGACAACUAGGAAUACCUUUGAUCAAUCCACCAUAGAAGGAGCUGGCCUUCAACAUCCACUCCUCUCAAGGCCAUCACAUUCAAGCGAAUCUAUUCCUCUGUGGUCUUCAGUUGGCAAUUCAUCACAUAAUUUAGAAGCCCUAUCUGGAGGGACCUUCGAUGUAUCUCGCUUCUACACAUUUGAUUCUCCUGUUCAUUCCUAUGAUAAUGCUCCAUCUAGUGUAUUUGGUGAUAGACUGAGUGUUGGUGAUAGACUGAGUGGCACAGUCCCUCCUUUUACCGACUUUUCUGUUGGAAUGGAGUCCCUACUACUUUCAGGUAGGAGAGGCCCAGGUGAUGGCAGGUGGAGUGAUGAUGGUCAACCCCAGGCAGGUGGUCAAGCUUCUACUGUUGCAGAGAUGGUUGAAGAGCAUUUCAUAUCCCAGCUAAACAGGGCUGUCUUGACAAAUAGUCCUGCUGAAAUGGUGACACGGAAUACUGGAUUAUCUGAGAGUCAGCAGGCAGACGUUCUUGUAGUUGGUGAUAGUCAACAUGUUUUAGAGGGUCCUAACAAUGAUGUUUCAUGCGGAAAUGAUCAACACCAUGAGAAUGGUGAUGACAUCAGUCAGCCAGGAGAAGUUCAGUCAUGUGGUGGAGUCAACCUUGAGGUUAUUGCUUCACAGGAGGGUGAACGCCCAGAAGCACAUGAUCCUGCAAUGAAUAGCAUGGAGGUCACUGAAGCAAAUGGGACCGGAACUGAACUGUUUGAGAUUACACCAGAUUUACCUUCACAGUCUGUGUCUUGCCAAGGUGAUUUGAGUGCUCCAAAUAUGCCCCCUAUAGAUGGGGGACAUGAAAUGCCGAUAGCACCAGAUAGCCAGCCCGAUGAUAAUGGGCUGCUAAUCUCUGGGGAAGCAGUACAUGAUUCCAUUAUGCAUCCUACAUCCUUAGUUCAAGAAAAUUCUGAUAUUGACAUGACUGGUGCUGACACAGAUGGCACUCUCCACCCCAUAUCUUCAUCUGAGAACCAAGAAGACCCUUCGUCUAGGCAGAAUGUUGAUGAGGUCCAAGAUUCACAUCAAACUAAUGAGACUAAUUUGCACAAUGAAGAUCCCAUUGCAAAUGGUAUAGACCCAACCUUCUUGGAGGCACUUCCUGAAGAUCUCCGAGCAGAAGUCCUUGCAUCACAACUUGCCCAACCUGCUCAGCCUCCAUCGCAUGCACCACCUACUGCUGAAGAUAUUGAUCCUGAGUUCUUAGCAGCCUUACCUCCAGAUAUUCAAGCAGAAGUUCUGGCCCAACAACGAGCCCAAAGGAUUGCACAGCAGGCUGAAGGUCAGCCUGUGGAUAUGGACAAUGCUUCAAUCAUAGCCACAUUUCCUGCUGACUUGCGUGAAGAGGUGCUUUUGACUUCCUCAGAAGCAGUUUUGAAUGCAUUGCCAUCACCUUUACUUGCUGAAGCCCAAAUGCUACGAGACAGGGCAAUGAGUCAUUAUCAGGCACGCAGCUUGUUUGGAGGCAACCACAGGCUUAAUGGUCGAAGAAAUGGUCUAGGAUUUGCUAGGCAAACAGUAAUGGACAGAGGGGUGGGUGUUUCAAUUGGCCGGAGGGCAUCUACAUCUCUCUCACAGAGCUUGAAGUUGAAGGAACUUGAAGGAGAGUCACUUCUUGAUGCUAACGCUUUGAAGGCACUAAUUCGGCUUUUACGACUGGCACAGCCUCUUGGAAAAGGUCUCUUGCAGAGACUAUUGUUGAACUUAUGUGCACAUGGUAGGACAAGAGGAAUUUUAGUUCGCCUUCUGCUUGAAGCUAUCAUGCCUGAAACAGGAAGCUCAACAACUAAUUCACAGAGACUUUAUGGGUAUCAUUCCAAUGUUAUUUGUUGCCGGUCUCAGUUUACUGGCCUUCCUCCACUGGUAUUGCGUAGGAUUUUAGAGAUUUUUACUUAUCUCGCCACCAAUCACACUGCUGUUUCAGAUCUUCUUUUCUACUUUGACCCCUUGCUUGCUCCGGAAUGUUCAGAUUUAAAACGUUCUAAUAACAAGAAAGGGAAGGAGAAAAUGGUUAUUGGGGGGGAUUCAUCGAAUUCUUUUAUAAGCUCUAACGGGGAUGUUCCUUUGGUAACUUUUCUUAAGCUCUUAAGUCAACCCGUUUUCACACGAAGCAUUGCACAUCUUGAACAGGUGAUGGGGCUGCUAAGAGUGAUUGUCUAUACAGCAGCAUCCAAGUUAGAUAGUCAUUCUCAUUCUGAAAUUGUUAGGCCUCCUGCUGAAAGUUCCACCGGCAAUGAAAUGGAGAGUGAUAAUCAGAAAAGUCCAUUGGAUGCAAAGUCCCUUCAAGAUGAUCAUAGUGCCUGUCCUGAGAGACAGGUAUCAGAUGGUCAUAAAAGCCUGAAUUAUCACGAUAUCUUCAUGCGGAUUCCGCAUUCUGAUUUGCAUAACCUUUGCACUCUUCUUGGUGAUGAGGGGCUCUCUGACAAAGUUUACAUGCUUGCGGGUGAGGUUCUUAAGAAAUUGGCUUCAGUUGCUGCACCACAUCGCAAGUAUUUUAUUUUAGAGCUUUCAGAAUUGGCUAAAAAAUUGAGUACCUCUGCUGUAACUGAGCUCAUCACGCUUAGGAAUACUCAUAUGCUGGGCUUGAGCACUGGAUUAGUGGCUGGGGCUGCUAUUCUUCGUGUACUGCAGACACUUUGUUCUCUCAGUUCAACUAGCACCCGUGACAAUGGUGAUACCACAAAGGAUGAGGAGUGGGAUGAGCACGCAACUAUGUGGAAGUUAAAUGUUGCACUGGAACCAUUGUGGGAAGAAUUGAGUGAAUGCAUUGGCACUAUGGAGGCUGACCUGGCACAAAGCAACUUCUCAUCAGUCAUGUCAAAUAUUAACAUUGGGGAGCAUAUUAAUGGUCCUGCAUCUGUUUCUCGUCCUCUUCCUCCUGGGACUCAGAGAUUAUUACCUUUCAUCGAAGCUUUCUUUGUUUUAUGUGAGAAACUGCAGGCAAAAAAUUCCAUCAUGCAACAAGAUCUUGUACAUGCAACUGCAAGAGAGGUGAAAGAAUCUGCAGGGACGUCAUUUCCAUUGCCUAUGAAAUCAAGUAUGGAUUCACUGAAAAGAGUUGAUGGGGCUACCACAUUUGUACGAUUUGCUGAAAGGCACCGACGGCUUCUGAAUGCUUUUGUCCGUCAGAACCCUGGGUUGUUGGAAAAAUCACUUUCCAUGAUGCUAAGAGCUCCACGGUUGAUUGAUUUUGACAAUAAAAGGGCUUAUUUCCGCUCCAGAAUUAGGCAGCAACAUGAGCAACACCUUUCUGGUCCUUUGCGUAUUGGUGUUAGGCGAGCAUAUAUCUUGGAGGAUUCUUAUAACCAAUUGCGUAUGCGACCCACACAAGAACUGAAGGGGCGGUUGAAUGUGCAUUUUCAAGGUGAAGAGGGUAUUGAUGCUGGUGGUUUGACAAGAGAGUGGUACCAGUUGCUCUCUAGGGUCAUUUUUGACAAAGGAGCUUUGCUCUUUACUACUGUUGGAAAUAAUGCUACCUUCCAACCAAACCCAAAUUCUGUCUACCAGACUGAACAUCUCUCAUAUUUCAGAUUUGUAGGCAGAGUGGUUGCCAAAGCACUGUUUGAUGGACAACUGAUGGAUGUUUACUUUACGCGUUCAUUCUAUAAACACAUCCUUGGUGUGAAGGUGACUUACCAUGAUAUAGAGGCGGUUGAUCCCGAUUACUAUAAGAACUUGAAAUGGAUGCUAGAGAAUGAUGUGAGUGACAUACCCGAUUUGACAUUCAGCAUGGAUGCAGAUGAAGAAAAACAUAUUCUUUAUGAGAAAACCGAGGUUACUGAUUUUGAGCUUAAACCUGGAGGGAGAAAUAUAAGGGUUACAGAGGAAACAAAGCAUGAGUAUGUUGAUCUUGUGGCUGAUCAUAUCCUGACAAAUGCUAUUCGGCCUCAAAUAAAUUCUUUUCUGGAAGGAUUCAAUGAAUUAAUACCAGGGGAACUUAUCUCCCUCUUUAACGAUAAAGAGUUGGAGCUACUAAUUAGUGGUCUUCCAGAAAUUGACUUGGAAGAUUUGAAGUGCAAUACAGAGUACUCUGGUUAUACAGUUGCAUCUAAUGCAGUCCAGUGGUUUUGGGAGGUUGUGAAAAACUUUAACAAGGAGGAUAUGGCAAGAUUGCUUCAAUUUGUGACUGGUACAUCAAAGGUUCCUUUGGAGGGUUUUAAGGCAUUGCAGGGUAUUUCUGGUCCUCAGCGGUUUCAGAUUCACAAGGCAUAUGGAGCUCCAGAGCGACUGCCAUCUGCUCAUACAUGCUUCAACCAAUUGGACCUUCCCGAGUACGCAUCUAAGGAACAGCUUCGAGAACGCUUGCUCCUAGCAAUUCACGAGGCCAGUGAAGGAUUUGGGUUUGGCUAAAAGAAGUCUCAGCAUUUUUGCCUAACAUUGCCGAUUGAGAUUGAAACAUGGCAUAGCAGCGGCUGCAUCACAGAAAUGAUGGUAUAUUCUGAUAGUGUUAUUAGAACCCCAAGUAGAUGAUGAUGAUGGAUGGCAUUUGACUGACAGAAGAGGUGCAAGCAUUUUGGACAGAAUUCAAAAAAUUGAUUCAAUCAAUGUACAUGGCCAAUUUUGAUGCCUUGUUUUGCUGUGCUGGAUUAUAUAUUAUAUGUUUUCGACUUUAUGCCCAAUUGGGUUUCUGAUCUUCCUAUCAUAAUCAUACUGUAUUUAUAUAUCCUCAGUUCAUUUUGCUCGUC